CUGACUUACCUUUUUCCGGUCCUUUUAGUUUUUGUCUGUGAAAAUACGUUUCGUGCUCGGAAUCCUCGAGUGGUGGACUUUCUUUUGGACUCCCCAAAAUCUCCAAGUAGCAGAAUGUCUGUGACACUGCACACAGAUGUUGGUGAUAUUAAAAUAGAAGUUUUCUGUGAGCGGACACCCAAGUCAUGUGAAAAUUUCUUGGCUCUUUGUGCUAGUAAUUACUACAGUGGGUGUAUAUUUCACAGAAAUAUUAAGGGCUUCAUGGUACAAACAGGAGAUCCAACAGGUUCUGGGAAAGGAGGCAACAGCAUCUGGGGCAGGAAAUUUGAAGAUGAAUACAGUGAAUACCUUAAGCACAGUGUUCGAGGAGUUGUAUCCAUGGCAAAUAAUGGCCCAAACACCAAUGGAUCACAGUUCUUCAUUACUUAUGGCAAGCAGCCUCAUUUGGACAUGAAGUACACAGUAUUUGGAAAGGUAAUAGAUGGUCUAGAGACUUUGGAUGAACUAGAGAAGCUGCCAGUAAAUGAAAAGACUUUUCGACCUCUUAAUGAUGUACAUAUUAAAGAUAUUACCAUUCAUGCCAAUCCAUUUGCUCCAUGACUGUAAUGUAUUGGGAAGAAAUUUUGUCAAGCUGAAUUCAGGAAAUACUUGGAUCUUGUUCACUGACUUCAUUAUGCCACAGAUUGCAUCUUUCUGUUUGUUUACCAGUGAAGUCUUAGUUUGGUUGUGCCCAUCGGGGAGGAUUAUGGACUUUUCAUACCAACUCUGCCUAUUUACUAUGAAAUGAUAGGAAAAAAAAUGCCAAACCAGAAGAGUACAACACACUGUGACUUCAUGCUUAUUGCUUUUCUAUUUUUAGCAAUAUUUAUGAGAACAAUUCCAUGCAUGGAAUUCUGGCUUACUCAUGAAAAAGUAUGUGGAAAAAAAAGUCUUGUUUUCAGAAGUAAUAUACCACAGAAAAAUAUUUUCCCAGUCAUAAUAUAGUGUGGUGUUGGAUUUGUUACUUUUUAAAAAAAAUAAAUGUGUAACUUGGAAAAUGUUCUUUUUUUAAAAGUUUCUCAGCCUCUUAAUAAAGACAGAAGCUGUUUA